ACAGUACUAAUGUCAAGUAUUGUUUACAGAAGCUCGUUUUGUUUGUACAAAAAUUAAUUAUUACAAAAUUCCGGCUAAAAAUCAACUAAAAUCCUAAAAUUUUCUACAGCGAAAAAGUGCUUUGAGAAAGCAUAUCUUUGACAGGCAUUAUGAAGAGAUUAUCAUUACGACCAGCAUCUACGGUUACCCGAUCCGUAAGGGAACUUAAAUCUUCUUCCGACGACGAGAGCCCGCGAAAAAUGUACAAAACGGAUGUACAUGAAAUAUUGGAUGCUCGGACCACCAAUAUGGUUUAUGUUGUUGAGCCGAGCUAUGCGGAAGAGCUUGUAACUGAGGUGGAGGAGGACGAAGAAGGUAGCGAGCUGUACGAGGAGUACACUGAGGAGCUACAACAACAACCGGAAGAGAAAUCCGACUUAAAGAUUCAACUUGCUAAUUUAGUCAAGAAGAGCGAUUGCUCGAGCUAUUUCACGGAUAAUUUGUUACAAAUUCUACGGAAGAAUGGGCACACAGACUUACCAACGGACAAGGAGACCCUCGUGAGCAAGCCAAAACCACCUCCGGUUAAACUCACAGAAAGCUCAACCACCCUGGCUAAAAUUCUCGAUAAUCAGAAAAUCAUCGUGAAGAAUCAAACGUUGAUUAUGGAGCAACUGAAGGCACUGGCAAGAUCACAUGAUACCCAGAGAAUUCGUCUUGGGAAUUUGUCUGAAAAAAUUGAUAAACUAUUCCCGAUUGAGGAAAGUAAGAUCAACAUUUUCCCACUAAAGUCCCUGGAGGAAUUUGAUGAUUUCAACAACAGCCUAAGUGACGAGGACUUCCGGCAGAAAGUUUUUCCAGAAAUCUCGAGAUUAAUGCAAAACUCAUCCUGGCUCUUCAUGAUGAUAACAGACGAAGUUCUCCUACACUACAAUCUCAAUGGGAAUUUCAAUAAACGCGCCCUGCGUGAGACGAAUCUCUUUAAUAUUCUCGAGAAAAAUUUCCCCGACAGCGAGUUCUUGAGAGAACGACAUGUACAGUACCUCAUCAAGCAGGGACAUGGACGGCAUUAUACGAAGAACAGCAGAUCAAGGAGCAAGAUGAGGAAGACGGCAGAACUCAAAGGUGAAAUCAUAACUGAUGACUAUGAUGGCAAUAAUUCAAUUGAUUUUUAAGGGGCUUUGUUUUUCUGAUUUUUUUUAAAUGUAGUAACUAAAACAAAAUGAGUUAUAAUACUGAAUUAGUAAAUAAAAAAUGGAUUACAAGAUGGCAAAAAA